AUGGACCGCCCGUCGCCCGCCGCAGCAGCCUCGCAGUCCAAGCGUGACCGCAAGCGCCAGGUCCUCGUCGAGCGCCUGUCCACCAUGUCCGACAAGAUGCAGCGCGACCGGGACCUGACGUACCGCGACCAGCUGUCCAAGAUCCAGUACGAGGUCGGCCUCGUCCAGCGCUUCGACCCCUACGCCGUCAACGCCCUCGAAAAGGCCGACGAGCUGCUGCGCGAGUACAGGCAGGCCCAGGGGCCGCCCGUCCUGGCCGAGGGCGCCCGCAGCCUCGUCGACAUGGCGGGCAUCCGCUUCCCCGAGUUCAUGGACGAGGUCGAGGAUCUCAUUGAGGUCCGCGAUUUCCAGCUGGUGCAGUCCAAGAACGAGUACGAACGCAAGGUCCAGGAAUACAAAAACACGCACGCGUACAAGGUCGAGACGGCCAAGCGGGAGCACCGAGCCCUGACGGAUACGCUCCGCGACCGGCUCAUCAACAGCCUCACACAGAAGAAGAACCGGCUCAACCGCGAAAAGGAAGUGCUCGAGAUCAACGACUCGAGCGCCCUGCUGCUCAACCCCAGCCAAUUCAGCCUCACCAACCCCGCCAGCCCCGGCGGCGCCCACGGCAAGCGGGCGACUCGCCUGCGCAAGGAUGCCGAGGACCUCCAGGUCUUCGCCGACGGCAAGAAGCGCAAGCGCAACCCGGGCGAGGACGACGGCUCGCCGGCGCCGUCGCGACGGGCCCUCGACCCCAACAGCACCACGCCCCUGUGGCAGUCGGAAAAGGCCCGCGCCGCCGCCAAGCAGAACGGCCCCGUGUACAGCAUCGACAAGCUCUUCACGGACAAGGAGCUGUCGCUCCACUACAACUCGGCCGCCCUGGCCGCCCACCAGUACGUCCUGCGCAACCGCGUCAACGGCAGCGAGUCGCGCGACGGCAGCACCCCGAGCAACGGCGAGAGCGGCGACGCCGACAGGGACGACGCCGAGUCGCAGCCGUCGGCCGCGCCCAUGAUGGAGCGCCAGGUCUCGCACGCCACCCGCAGCACCAGGGGCGGCGCCAGCCAGAACUUCCUCGACGACAAGAUCCUGGGCAUCGAGGGCAUCGCCAACUUUGAGCUGCCCGCCAACCUGGACCUGAUGCACGCCCAGGAGCCGCCCAAGAUGCCGCCCCCGGUGCCCCAGCAGUACCUCAAGCCGUACCCGCGGUCCUCGGACCAGAAUUUCCCUGUGCCGCUGUCGCAGGACGACAUCUCGUCCGACCUGUCCGUCAUGAGCUUCUUCAAGCAGUACGACCAGACCCACAAGCCCGGCGCCCACCUCGAUGCGCCCAGCGGCUUGCGCAAGGUGCUCGAGGCCGUGGCCGUGCCGUACCACCAGAGCCGCUACGUCGCCUUUACCAGCGCCGUCCGCGAGGACCCCGAGCACCUCCGCGACGUCCUCGGCAUCCCACUGAGCAACCUGCGCGACCAGUCCAGCCCCGUGGUGAUGAGUCGGCAGAACAGCGGGCAGGGCGGCGUCCCCAUGAGCCGUCAGGGCACCACCGGUAGCGCCCGAGGCAAGGGUCGCCGGGGCUGA